CAUCCGCAGCUGAUCUCUCAGGUUCUGACCGGCGUCCGUUCCCCAAAAAGACACCCAAUCAAAUGACUGAUCAUAUUACAUCACCGGACCAGCCUGAGCAAUGCCCCGUGCGCAACAGCCGAGUGAGUCGUGACUCCGAGGAUGAACCGAAAAGGACCAAAUUGGGGCCUUCUCUUCAACUAGCAAAAUACUCAAGGGGAAACGGGCUGCUGGAGGAAAAGGAAAAGCAAAGGAUGAAAGUGCCCUGCUUGCCGCUCCUGACCGGUUCAAAGCCAGGCUGAAGGAUGCGCAUGUCGAGGGACCUUCAAGCAAAAGAUGAUACAAAGCCCGAAGAAACGGGUGAGGAUGGCAAGGAGGCUGCACUUGAAGUUGAUAAUGACACUGGUUGGAUCAGCCAUCGACUGGAGUUCCCUAAGAAUGACAGGGCUGAGACGCAUCGUGCUGAACAUGAUUACGAGGACAUCGAUCCUCGAGCCAAGGCACGAGGAUUACGCGAGGGGGAACAGGAACGAAAGAGGUCACGACGGUCCGAAGUUGGGCGAGCAUUUCGGAAAGGGAGAUAACUCAUCAUCUCAUUCAAUCCAUCCCACAAACAAGCCGCACUGAAGUAUUCACCAAUACCGGCAAGGUCCAUAUAAUCAGCCAGGCGAGAUCGAGAGAUGGAAGGAUGCGAGAAAGUGUUCAAUGGGCGGUGCCGACAUUGAAGGCUUGAAAAUCACCUAGGAGUCCCUCGCAUGUGAGGAGGCAGCGUCAUC